AACAUCUUAGUGUUAAAACUUGAAUGGAAGACUUGUCUUUCUGGCCAGCUUUUAGAUGUCCACAAAAAUUAGUAGGACUAUUCCCCUCAGCUACACACAAGCUGUUAGCUAGAUCGGCAUCCUGUGGACAGCCACUUAUUAAAGAAAAUCAUUUUAUUUUUCAUAUGCUGCCUUAUAAAUUGUUCAUUUAAGCAGGCCCUAAGCACAUUUUGGAUGCCCACUUUUCAAAUUCUGGCUAAAAACCUGGCUACACAUUAUCUGCACAUCAAUAAAGUUUUACCAUCAUCAUCAUCAUCAUCAUCAUCGUCAUCAUUAUGUUCUCUCCAGUAAGCAUGUGAUAAUGUAUACUAAAAUGGUAGGGAGUAGGAAGUAUCCCUAGUAGGGUGUAACACAAAUUAAUCAGCCUAGUGUGGAGACUUUUGACGUUUGUACAAACUGACUCAUUCCUACUUCCAUUUCCUCAUGUUCAAAACAAGCAGUCCUUGGAUACGAAUAGAACUAACAGCCCCACUCUUUUUGUGCAGGGCCACUCCAAGCUCUAAUAUGUGUGGCAGUUUUUCAAAAGAGAGAGAGAUGGGGGAAGACCAAUUAUUGAAGCAAGAAGGGCGAGGGUAGAGCAUAAAGUGCAUUACAUAAUUAUUACAUUGCACAACUACUUGUUAGGGCUUUCAUUAAGGGCCAGUCACCAGGCAAAUUGACCGGCUGUGACGAUGAUUUUGCCUGCCUGGUUUAUCAUCUGGACGAAAGUUUUUCUUAUCAAGAAGUUCAGUUCAAAAAGUUUUGUCCACCUGUGAAGAUUAUUUGCCUCCUGUGUUAAACAUUUGUGAAACCCCUGACUUGUACGCCAUAAAACUGACCAAUCAGGACGGUAAAUUUUAAAUUAGUUUUUAAAUAUUUCUGACAACUCAGGAUUUUUACAUACAUGUAGAGCAUGUAAAUGAUAAAGAAAGCAAUAGCAUCCCUGCAGGUGUUCCUGUCCCCUUCAUGAUUGCUCUUUGCACCCUGCCCCCAAGCUUUGCACUCCAAUUCAACUUCCUGUCUCUUCAUCUGUUAAAUCUGAAUGGCUGCUACCACAAGAGGAUGAAGGGUGAGAGAGUUCAUACUCCUUAUAGGUUUCUCUUAGCAGCUCUCGUAAGGUCCUGCAUUAAUGGCUUGAUACCUUUUUGAGAGGACAAUGAAACAAACAACAGAAAUAUUAUCCCUAGCCCCAAAACAACAGCUGCUAACAAGCAAAAGAAUUACAAUCUUACGAGAGCUGCUACACUUCUGUAUUCUUAAGGUAAUCCCCCCCAAGUUAUUUUCACAUGUGGUAUUCAGUCCUCCCCAAGGAUGUUAGCACCUCCGCUGCGCAGAUCACACUGUUUUCGUGGAGAACAUUGCAUGAAAAGCUGCUUGGGCUCUCCACAUAAAUAAAUUUCGCAUCACAGCAUUGUGUAGUUCUAGACCCUCUAGGGAUGUCUGAAGCCAGGAGUGAUCUAAAGACAGCUCAAGAGGAAUUACCUUAGGAAUAAGGCCUGUAUGAGGGACUAACCUGUCUUAGCCUUCUUCCUCUCUUGCUGCUAUGCAGGCUUUCCAAGCACAUGCUCGCAAGUUCAUUUUGGAAUUAUUAAGAAGAGUUUAUGAAGACAAUUAUAUAUUUCAGCUGUCUCGUAUUGCUUUAGUUACUUGCAGAGUGAGAGAUUACUCUGAAGAGAGAUGGCUUGAAUUAUCUGGCUUUCAAAUUUCUGACUGAAAAAAGAAAUUAUACCAUAAACUGCUGCUUACAAGCCCUGAGGUUAUACAACUUUGUAAGGGUUUUAGAUGGGCUUAUAAAUGGAGGGGCUUAUUUCUAAGGGGGCUUAUAACCAGAAUAAAAAACUGUUUCAAAACGAGUUACAGCUGCACAUAUUGAUCUGAAUACAGUGGAACCUCAGUUUAAUGAACCUCUAUUUAACGAAGUCCUCAGUAUAACAAAUGGUAUACUUUGCUCCAGUAAUAGUUAAAUAUAUGGAAAAGUACCCCGAAAUAACAAAACUUCGUUAUAGUGAACAUAUUUUACCAGUCCCUGUGUUUUUCAUUUGCCGGUAAUAAGCUUUAAAACAUCGUAAUAAAACAAAUUCAGAACAAGGAAAGCUAGAGGUGGGCUUAUAUUUGGAGGGUAACCGGAUGUAUUUUUUGAUCUACGGGUAGAUGGGCCUAUAACCGGGGGGGGGGGGGCUGAUAAGCAGGGGGGACCUUAUAAGCAGCAGUUAACGGUGCUGAUCAUUGAUCCUCCCAUAUUUUAUCUCCUGAGUUUAAUAUCUAAAAAGACUUGUUUAUGAGUGUUGAAAAUCCACCCAUUCAACUUGUUUCCUUCAAGUCAUUGCAACUUAAUCAAUUUAAAAAUUUACUAACAAUAAUAUAAGCUUAAAACUCCAUUUUUCCUCUAAACCAGAAUAUUGAGUAAGUAGAAGACUGGGCUGAAAUACGAACACGAAACCGAUUUAAAAGACAACAAAGUGCUUUUCUCCAAGGCGCAGGAUAACGUUGGAGUUGAUCGAAAAACAAACGAAUAUCUCGUCUGCCUUAUUGACAUUGUUUUACUCUUCGUGAACCUUUGCACGUCGCUUGAGCGUUGCCUUGGCAAUAUGGCUGCCAUUCCUCCGGCCUGCCGGGGGCAUUAAGUUUUUUUGGUCCGCUGCUUCUUGUAAUUUCCCACCAAAAUUAAACAAUUGGAGCACAAAUUUCAAGCGCCACAUUGCAGUCUACACAGGAGAAAAUAUCUCAGAAAGAAUCGCGUUCACGAAGAAGGAAUGGUCCCAGUUGAAUUGUCAGGUCAAAUUUCUGAAAAGAGGUAUCCACAACUCUGACCUGGGUUCCCAAGCUUUACUUUUCCUUCGUUUCCAAACUGCAAACUCCUUUUAGAACGCAUUUCCUAAUCUUCAUCGUUUGAAGAAACCACAAUGCCUUAGCAAAGGACUUUCAUGAUUUAACUGUUCCUCGCUUGUUUUCCCGCCGAAACCGUGUCGACAUCUUCACACGACGCGAGCUUCCUUUUCCUCGCCGACAAAUCGUUGCCAGAAAAUUCCUGGGAAAAAUCGUAAUCAUAGCCAUAAGAGCUAUCCAAUCUGUUAAAAAUUUGACAUUCUUCCACGUAAGAAGCAAAUACAGUUUCCUGAAUCCAGCGAGAGAGUUCGUCUUCCAUAAUUUCCGAAUAUUUGAACAAGACUCACAGCGCAAGCGAGGCCUCUUACAGACCGGAAGUCAGACUCAAAUGGCAGAAACUAGUCAGAAUGUUUCAGUGAUCGAACCGGAAUAUUUUUCAUAAAAACGUUUUAUGAUUGUCGAUACACCACGGUGGAAAAAAAAUCCAGUCCAAAUUAGAAUAGCGGUUGAUUCAACUUCGCCGUAUAUGUAGUCUUUGUGCUUCCGACUAUUUUUAGCUCCUUUUUUGUUGAAGUCCUCCCGGUGGGCUAGCCGGAAGAUGUGAGAUUUGACAAUAAAUCGGGCAUUUUCAUUUAUGUUAGUUUCUUUCGCGUCAGUGUAGGAUAUUUUUUUCCAAGUUUUGAAUACAUGUAUUAGAAAAAAGGUUACAGUAUUUCAGUUUCUCGUGAGCUUUCGCAUUGCGAGCCUCGCUACACCAGCCUCCCCUACCAAGUUGAAAUUUGCUCUCCUAUCCCCAACCUUCGCUCACAUUUAGCUGAUGUCCGUCUUUUCGAAGAAAGCUCUCUGUCAGUUCGAGUGGGCUGAUUUUGACUCUAGAAUGCCUCCCAGAAACACGCACGAGUGACAUUGGUAAUAUUGUUGUAUAGUGGAAUAAUUCUCCGACGCCAAAAAGAUAACCGAAGACGUAAAAAUGCCGUCAACGAGGCAAAUUUCACUUCCCGGUGGAUUGUUAACGUCUAAUUUCCCCACCUAUUGAAAUAAGAGAGAUCAAGUGUUGCACUUCCUUUAAAUGGCUGCUCUAGUAUUUGUUUUUCAAGGGGAGCUGUUACAUCAGGCAGCAAUCUAUGAUCAACGUGACCUCCUGAAGUCUCUCCUUCAAGCAGGGGUCCACGGAGAGGCUAAUAGUCCAGAUCCUCGUGGGUUAACACCCCUACACACUGCUGCACUUCAUGACAGUGUGGAUUGUUUGAAAGAGUUGUUGGAUUGGAAAGGCGAUGCAGACUUGCAAUCUUCUCAAGAGGACAACUGCUCUACUGCCCUUCAUCAUGCUGCUCGUAAUGGUCACCGCCGUUGUCUCAAAGUCCUCGUUGAUGCGGGUGCAAGUAUAGAUAUCAAGAACAAGGAAGGCAAGACAGCCAUGGAGGUAGCAUAUGAAGCGCAUGAAUAUGAAUGUGGGGAUUACCUAAAGACUGUCGAAGGUAUCAGAAGAGCUACGAGGGAAGAAGAAGUAUCUCAAGAACUUUAUCGCUUUUGUACGGUUGGUGAUUUACCAAGAGUGAAAGAGCUGCUUGAAGAAGCUAGUGCAGUUACUAUCAACAAGUUGUACCAAGGAGGGAGUACACUUCUUUACAAGGCUUGUCAGGGUGGCCAUCUUGAAGUUGUAAAGGUCCUUUUGGAUAGAGGUGCAGAUGGCUCCCCAAACACUAUCACAGGAAUUGCUCCUCUCUAUGCUGCUUGCCUUAGUGGGAACGUUGAGCUGGUGAGACUCAUGGUUCAGACUAUGCCGCACACAGUCAAUAUUCCUAGUAAGAUGGACAAUUCCACAGCUCUUCAUGUGGCAGCAGGUGAAGAGAAUGAGGAGAUUAUUAAGAGCAUCCUGCAAGUUCCUAGAGAGGGUGAGGAGUUGGCUCCUUGCAGCAAGAUUGACAUGACCCUUCGUACAUCAAGUGGCAUGACUGCUCUCCACCUCGCUGCACAGGGAGGCUUUGUAAAGGUUGUUGAGCAACUUUUAGACUGUCAUCACAGGUGUGCUGGGCCAUGCCAGGCAAACUUGACAAUUUCUGCAAAUACGAGAAACAUCAUGGGGCAGACAGCCUUACACAAUGCCGUCACAGUUGGUUAUAGAGAUGUUGUUAGCUUACUCAUAAAACAUGGUGCAGAUGUCAACCUUUCUGCUGGCACGGAAAGUCAUCACGGAGAGAAUAAUACAACUGAAUCACAGGAGAAUCUUGGUGCUAGCACAUCUUCCCCUCUGGAGAUUGCCUGUCGUCAGGGUGACUUGGAAAUGUUGAAGUUAUUGUUAAGUAACGGAGCUGAAGACAUUGAUCACAAGUGCCUGAAUUCUGCCAUCUUAGCUGAUAAUACUGAAAUGAUCAUGAUCCUGCUUCAACGAGGUGCUCAAGUUGACCAGGAACAUAAUCUUCACCCAUCAAGAACAAGCAACAGUGCUGAAGAGAUCUGGAGAUUGGAAGCGAUACCCAUCUCUUUACUCUGGAAUAACAUGACACUUCCAAAGUUGGAGUAUCAGUGGAUUUUUCUGGCUGCCAGUACAAUUAAUCCAUAUGAUGGGAUGGUUACUGGGCUACACCCGUCACUUAAAACUGUAACGCGAGUGGAUGUUUCAUCCAACAAGCUUGUGAAGCUGCCAAUUGUGUUAUUUCAGAUGCCUUCGUUGAAAACUCUAAAUGCGUCGGAAAACUCCAUUUCUGGCCUUCCCAGUCUUUGGCUUGGAGGCAAAAAAGAUUUGGCGCAAAAGAAUACUUUAAAAGCUGGAAAGAAACCGUACAGUUCGUGCGAGAACAUUCAGGAAAAUCUUGCUUUUGAAGAAGGCGAGCAGGAUUUCACUUAUGCUGAAUCAGGCUGGAACUGCCCUCACUUAGAAGACAUUGAGUUACACCACAAUGACCUAACAUCCCUGCCUACUUGUCUGUUUGAAUUGCCGAUGCUGAAAUAUCUGAACGUUUCCUACAACGAUAUACAGAAUCUUCCCUUCGAGAUGUGGACUGCCCCUGUGUUGAAAUCACUUGAUCUGAAGGGAAAUUUUGUGAGGAAGUUGCCAAUUAUGAAAGCAAGACAAGGAGGACGUGGAGGAAAUGGAAAAACGUCAAGUCUUCCUCGUGCUAAAGUGCUGUCUUUGAGCAAAGACAGCUUGCUAGUAGACUUGAGCCACGUGAAUGGAACCUUGGAAAGAAAACCAGUCAAGAUGCCAACUGUUGAAGCAAACGGCAAAAUAAGUCAUCCCCUGAAAAUGUAUCAUCACAGUCAACUGUGGGGAACACGACAUGGCGACGAAAUAGAAGACUCUGAUUCAGAAGAGGAAGACAUUGAUCCCACAAAAGGAUCUUCUCUACAAAAACUUGAUUUGUCAGCCAACCAAAUAACAAAGAUUCCUUUGGGCUUGUCUUGCUUGGCCACCAAUCUUGGAACGUUGAAUUUAUCAAACAAUAGCAUUUCUGAAGUUCCCUCACUGGCUCUGUUUCCAACUUCACUUGGGACGUUAGAUUUGUCGCACAAUAACCUGACCGCAUUCCAUCCCAUAGCUGAAAAUAUCCCGUAUGGAAAUGGGACAGAGAGUCAGUGUUACAGUGUCACUGAAGGUCAGCGGCCGAGCAUGAGGCGGCGAGUUAGUGCAGAGAAUGGACUGCAGGUUGGCAAAGCACGACUUUGCCGGCAUUCAAAGCACAGGAUUCUUGCGCAUCUUAAGCGGCUGGACUUGAACAACAACAAGCUUGGAGAAGUUCACUUUGUGCUUCCUCGGAAUCGGCCUGCAUCGGUUGCGUCUGCCGCAGACACAUCUCCAGCGAACGCACGGAGCCCAGGCAUUCUGUUUCCCAGCUUACAGUCUUUAAAUCUGAGCAGCAAUGAGCUGUGGAGUUUACCCAAGGAUGUAGGGGUCCUCUCUAAGCUUGGUUCACUGCACGUGAGCAACACUAAAAUCACACGCCUACCCGCAGAAGUUGGGCUUCUGUCUGAACUGUGGGACUUGCAGUACCAGGGACUACAGCUACAGGAUAUCGAACCUAGUGUACUGGAAAGAAAGAAGACCAAAGAUAUUGUUGGAUAUCUAAGAUCAGUUCUAGAAAGGUCUGAGCCUCACCCAAGCAUGAAACUCAUGUUUGUCGGAGUUGCAAACAUCGGCAAGACGACAUUGUUGAACCAGCUGAGACAGGAGGGAACAGGCAGCUACCAGAACUCUCCUCCUGUGGGAUGGACAGAGAGAAAGGUCAAGAAAAGGCGGGCUGGAUCAAUCACCGGUCGUUCUAAGAAAGCUGAGGUGAACAUCUCCACUGUUGGUGUUGAUGUAUGUGACUGGAUCUAUCCAAAGAAAACUGAUUUUGCCUUUGGGCGGGCAGACAACAGAACAAGCAUCAAAUUCAGCACCUGGGACUUUGGUGGACAGCGAGAGUAUUACGCCACACAUCAAUGUUUCCUGUCUCAUCGCUCUCUGUACAUCGCUAUGUGGAAAGUCACAGACGGUGAACAAGGCGUGAAUGAAAUUGAACCAUGGCUGCUCAAUAUCCAGGCGCGUGCCCCAGAUUCUCCAGUCAUUAUUGUAGGAACACACUACGACAUGCUAGAAGCUGACAAACGAUCAGAUUACCUCACAAACUUGAGGACCAUGAUAUCAGAUAAUUACAUCGCCACUGAGUUCGGCGGAAGAGUCCAAAACACACGGGAACGAGGCUUGCCCAAGGUGAUGGCCAUGAUCGAGGUCAGCUGUAAGACUGGGUACCACAUCCGGGAAUUACGACAACUGAUCUACAACACGUCAUUUGAGAUCAAAGAGAAAGGAAGUCGCGUGCCUCUGCUGAAAACUCCAAUUCCCGCCAGUUACAUCGCAGUUGAGGAGGCUGUUAGCGUGAUUCGUGAGAGAUGUUACCGUGACGACCAGACUCCUGUCCUCAAGUCCGAGCAAUUUAGUGCUGCGGUUGAAGCUGAGCUUGCGAGACAGAAGGUCCAUUUGAGAGGACCAGAGGAGCUACAACAGGCAACAAGAUUCCUACAUGACAAUGGUGUACUGUUGCAUUAUGACGACCCAUUGUUGCGUGACUUGUACUUCUUGGACCCACAGUGGUUGUGUGACAUGUUGGCGCACGUUGUCACCGUCAGGGAAGUGAACCCUCACAUCAAUAAUGGUGUAAUGAAGCGGUCCGACUUAUCUCAAAUCUUCCGAAGUGAGCGCUUCCCAGCGAAUCUCAUGAGCCAAUACAUCAACCUGUUGAGCAAAUUUGAAGUGGCGUUGCCAUGGAGUGCGGAGUUCUUACUUGUCCCCUCCCUACUCCCAGACAGUCAGCAAGAGACCAACCAGCCCGUGGCAGCUGGGGUCAGUUCUGCAGUGGCUCAGGCCAUGAACACGACUGCUUACACCAAAGGCAAGGUCCUGCGAAGACAGUACGUCAUGUCAUACGUACCCAGCGGGUUCUGGCCGAGACUGAUCACUAGGGUGAUUCCAGACGAACGAAUCCGCGAUUCAGUGAAGUCAUGUUGUCAGUUGUCUCCUGAUGGGCCAGUGCAGGAAGGUGACAGAGACAAACUGGCUUCUGUGGCCCAACCAGAGUGGUCAUGCUGGAAGACUGGGGUUGAACUGUCGUGUUUUGGUGUAAAGUUGCUCAGGAUAUGUGAGCUAGAAGGAAGACCUUUUUAUGGCGCACCAGAUGACAUCGCUAAUCCAUUACACUACAGACGUGAGGUACACGACACCACUCGGUAUUCCACCAUUGAGGUUAUCACACCAUGCGUCCGUAUCAGUAUGGAGAAGUUUGAACAGCGGAAGAAACUGUCUUCAAAAAGAACGAACCGAGGAAGGUCAGAAGAAGACCGACGCGAGGGUUCUAAGUUGAUCGGUUUUAAAGUGAAGUCCGUCUCCGAGUGUAGUGCCCAGACUGCCGCUCGGCUGAUCGCUAUAACUGUGGAACACAUGGACACACUCAUCACUGACUGGUUCCCAGGUCUUGACGCCAUCACGGUGCAUGGAUAUCGCCUGGUUACCAGGAUUAUCCCAUGCCCCAAGUGUAUCAUGGCGGUGUGUGGAGUUGAGAGCGAGAAAAAUGAAAAGGAAAGAGUAAGUGCUGCGAUAGAUGUUCUGAUCUCAUCUUCUGGAGCAGAUAGCGGGAUUAAUCUGUCCAUGACUGAUGGCAGCAGUACGAGUGCGUCGCCAUGGCCGAGCCCUGUACAUGUUUCAAGAAAACCUGGAGGUAAUGGAGAAGUGAACCCAGCUUUGCAGACCACUGGCUCUUCUGACGUGCCGUAUGUACUUAGCCAUGGUUCUCCCCAGACCCCUUCACGUGAACGUUUCUUGUCGGAGCCUGAGAGAUUUACGUUCGGAUCCGUGAGUACCGAGCGGGAGACUGAGGAGGAGAGUUCGAGUUGCUUUGACUACACUUCUGACCAGAGCACAGACAGUCGUGGAAGUGAAAGCAGCCAUUCAUUCUCCCCAGAGAGGGGUGGCAGGGGAAGGAAAGGCCGCAAGACGCGAGGGAGUACCGACAGUGAGGAGGGUGACGUGGCGGACAUGAAUACCAAAACCAAGAAAUCUGCUCAGGAUAAGAAAAGUCAGGAGGAACCUAAGAAAGGAAGCACAGACAGCACGGAGAGUUUUAAACGUGGAUCCAGUAAGUAUGGUUCUUUCAGAAAGCGACCGACCAAGGAUGACACGGUGAUUUAUUCAUUUGAGUUUGAAGAAUGUGUGCUGGCUGCCUACAAUUCUGAACCCGUGGAAUGCACCGUACAUGGUCAGCUGGAGCUCAAAGAACUUGCCCCGGAUGCUAUGUUUGAAGACAUCGCUCCCAACAUGAACAUUCAAGCGUCCGACAUAACACGAGGUAAAUUUCUGGGCAAAGGAACGUUCGGCUCAGUUUUCCGCGGGGAACUGAAGCAGACAUCCGGGGACUCAAUAACUAUCGCCAUGAAGAUGCCGCUGAACAAUGAAGUGGGUGACGAGGCGCGACCGGAAGAAGUACAAAUGGCUGCAGCAGCCAGGAGAGCUUUGAAAGAAAAUCCAACUAUGGCACUGAACGACGCGUAUAGGACUGUACGUCAGGAGAUGUCCAUCCUUCUUCCCUUGAGGCAUCAGAAUAUCGUCUCGUUGUUAGGUUACUGUCUAAACCCGUUCUGCAUGGUCUUGGAAUUCGCACCGCAAGGGGCCUUGGACCGAAUCCUCGCCAGCUACAAGAGAGCUGGAGUUCGCCUUAAUGCCUACGUCAUUCAGAAAUGUAUCGUGCAGUGCGCUUCAGCCUUGAAGUACUUACACCGUCAUCACAUCAUCUAUCGAGACCUCAAGUCAGAAAACAUCUUAGUGUGGCAGUUCCCAGCUCCCACCGGCCCAUCUCAAUCCACUCACCAAGUCACUAUCAAACUUGCUGACUACGGUAUCAGCCGGUCAGCGGCACUGGCAGGAAUGAAGGGCCUGGGAGGAACUCCCGGGUUUAUGGCUCCCGAGAUUGAAAAGUAUGUCGGGAAGGAGUUGUAUACGGACAAGGUGGACUCUUUUUCGUUUGGAAUGUACAUUUAUGAGCUGGUGACGCUGCAUCAGCCCUUCAAUGACCUCAACCCAGCACAGGUCAAACAGCUAAUUGUGGAAGGUCACCGACCGCCAUUAACUGCCAAGGAUAAGAAAGCUCCAGUGUUUGUUCUUGAUCUGAUGGCAUGGUGCUGGCAACAUGAUGCGGACAAGAGGCCGCCAUCCCAUCACAUCUCGCUACUGGCUUCAGCUACUGAAUUUCCACGCCUCUCUGACGUCAUUACCUUCGACAAGCAGCUGGGGUUGAACUGCGCAGUGACAGCUGGGUCACGUGUCAGUCAAAGCCGCGGGGCGGAUGACAGGGCCAGCGUGGGCUCAGAGGUUUGGCUCUGUCGGAGCGAGCUGAAUGCUGGGAUAGGCACCGGAAAAAUUAGCGUCGUAGGGUACAGCCGCGGGCGGUGUUAUCACAAAAAGGAGUUUUCUGUUGGCAAGCCCUGCAUCCGGGUUGCUUGCAGUGUGGGAAGCACGGUGUGGCUGGGGACAGAGUCAGGAACGCUCCACGUUUUUUGUGCAAUGACGUACAAACAGCUCUGCAAAGGAUCGAUCCGGUCCAACAGGUACAUCUUGAGCAUGAUCCAUGUGCCGCGAGCCAACUGGGUUCUAGUGGCGUUGGCGGAUGGUUCUGUUUUGGCGUACAAUGACAACAUCUCUAAUCACUAUCAUUACUCCGACUUGGCGGGGCAGACUCCAGUUCACGAGCUCCUGCCCAACCGGGUGUACACCGGCAACGGAAUCCCCAUUCAUUGUAUGACAGCUCUGCUGUUGAAGAAACCCCAGGGAAAUGAAACCCCGCCGGAGGCUGCGGGGGACUCAUCGGAGGACUCUGAUGAUCGGAACAGUCCGUGCGACGAGUACGUGUGCGAAGUUUGGUGCGGACAAGAGAGAGGAAGAAUAACAAUUCUUGAUGGUGAAGAGCUCCAGCAGAUUUGCACCAAAUCAGCUGAGGACAGUGAGCCGGACGCUUCCUCGCAAAGAGAACACAGCGUGUCACAUCUUGAGACUUGUCAGACUACCGGGACUAGCAUCAGCGGAGAUGAUCCCGUCGGUAGGUCCGUGUGGGUGGCUUUGUUCCCCGCCACUCGUGUGUUCCGGUGGGAUGCCCUGGAGAAGAAGAUUGUACGCAGUGUGGAUUGCUCACAACAUCCACCAAGAUUUGAAGGUCCAAAAGGCAAAGUGCCUGUGAGGAGAGGAGCGGAUCCGAAUCCUUUGAGUGCAUCCCGCGCCCAAGUGAACUCCCUCCUUGCGGUGGACAAAGAACUGUACAUUGGUACAAGCUUUGGGUGUAUUCUCGUCUGCAAUAACCUGUCCCUUAUGGUUUACACAAUUAUACGCUGCCAUGACGAGUCGGUCAGACACCUUCUGCCUUUGGUAACCACCCCUGUAAUCACUUCGCACUCGGCGAGCGAACAGACAAAGGCACUGGUGCUAAGUUGCGGACGAGGUUACCGCAGUCUUGGCGCCAGUCUCUACGGUCACACCUCGUACCCAAGUCGACGGAGGGGAAAUACUACCUUGAAGAAAGAGUCCGUUUGUUUGGUGUGGCUUGCGGACGUUUGGGAAAGUUGAUGUAGGAGAAAUACCGUAGAAAUAAACAUAAACCCGUGCUAAAUAGUAGAAAAUGUACGACAAUGAAUGUGAACCAUUUCGCAUUCUAUAUGCCUCGAAAUCAAGCAGUGUUGCAACAGACACAGAUGAGGGACGGCCAUUAUUUUUUGAGG